AUGCAAACUCCUCAACUCAUUAUCCAUUUUCUUAUAGCAGCGAUACAAUUGCUUGCUGGGGUCUUCGCAAAUGGCUUCAUUGUGCUGGUGAACAUCGUGAACCUGAUCAAGCAGAGAAAAAUGGCUCCUUUGGAUCUGCUUAUUUCCUGCCUGGCGACUUCGAGGAUUUGUCUGCAGGUGAUCAUCUUCCUUGCACAUCUUGUUCUUCUCUCCUUCAUGGAACAGUUGGUACUCUUUGAGCAUUGUGCAAUUUUCAUGUUUGUAAAUAGUUGUGGGCUUUGGUUGGCCACAUGGCUUGGUGUUUUCUACUGCGCCAAGAUCGCCACCUUCCCACACCCACUGUUCUUCUGGCUGAAGGUGAGGAUGCCCAAGUUGGUGCCAUGGCUGAUCCUGGGGUCCGUACUGUAUACAUCUGUCACUGUUGGCCUCUAUAGUAAAUAUACAUGGAAUUGCACCAAAAAAUUCUUUAUAAACUCCUUCCCCAAAAAUGCAAGUCAAACCGAAGUAAUAGACGUGAUAUCAUCGUCAGUUUUGCUUUUUCAUAUUACAGUGCCAUUAAUUAUCUUCCUCAUUGCUGUUCUGCUCUUGAUUUUCUCCCUGGGGAGACAUAGUCAACAGAUGAGAACCACUGCUGUGGGGACCACAAACACCAGCAGGGGUGUGCCCUUCAGUGCCAUGUUGUCCAUCCUGUCCUUCCUAAUCCUCUACUUUUCCCACUACCUGAUGAUUAUUUUGUUCCUUUUUCACAUUUUGCCAUUUGGAAGCCUUCUGUUUGUGCUCUGCACCUUGGUGGCGGGCACCUACCCAUGUAUACACUCUGUCAUCUUAAUUUUAGGAAACCGCAAACUGAAACUACAUGCAAGAAUGUUCCUGCUCUGUGGUCAGUGUGGUCAGUGA